AUGAGUAACCUGAGACAGGAUGAGGUCGAUGCGUUCUUUAACGCGAUCGAUUCGCCGCAGCACUCUUCCUCUUCUCCCAGCGCUCCCCAGACAGCAGGCUCGCCUUCCUCUAAUGUAAUGUCGUCACCAUCAAAACCACUAGAGCCCAAUCAUAUCGGUGACCAGCUCGGUCUUCAGGUGCAACAGCAGCAACCGCAACUAUCUCCACUAUUCAGCGCCACAGCCUCGGCCACCUCGGCACCAACAUCGUCCGGAUCACAGUCGCCGCGUCUUCAACCAGGGAUGAGCCCUGCAAUCCAAAAGGGAUCCGUUUCAUUGGGACUGGCACUGGGUGGAUCGGGUUUUCGUCGGAAACCACUCUUUGGACCUGAGGAUGAUGACGAAGAUGACGGAUAUGGAGAAAGGAAGGAGAAUCUAUUGGGUUCAGGGAACAGGGAGGGGAAGCUUAGGAAGAUGAAGAAAGAUAAGAACCAUACUGCGACGUUUCAGGAACUGACGAGAUCAAAGUAUGGUGACCAUGGAAACGGUGAUGGCCUGGAUAAUGGCGACAAACAAGAGGACGAAGACGAAGAAGAAGAGGAUGCGAAUUCAGAGACGCCUUUGCAUCCGCAGGAACAAAUCCGUGGACUUGAGUAA